UUCGGAGACAAUAUUGUGUCAAGUCACCGGUGCACCCGACGUCUGAGGAGCGGUCGGACCUUUUCAUGCAGGUACCCAGCCAGACCCUAGGAAAGCUAAGCGGGGGAUCAACUUGUAUCAGACCAUCGCCCUGCCGACAAGUUGCAGAUGUUCUGUUCCGGACGUGUCCUCAACGCGAUGAUAAUUGUGGACGAUCUUCUUAGCAACUGGACGUGGGGGCGUUUCCAGGGACAAGCCGUUAUAUAUGGUCGAGAGGGACACGGUCUCCUCAAGGACCGCCUUCUUGUUUACAUGCCCUUCUCCGCCUAAUUUUCGAGCCCAUGGCCACCACACUCCCUUCCUUCGUCGAGCUCAUGUCUUCUCUGGGCUUGGAGCAGACUGCAGAGUCUCAUUCUUUAUCAUCCCCACACUCUUCACCUUCAAUGCCGAACAUCACCCCGCCCUCUCCGGAUCGGUCAUGCUCUAGUCCCCCUCCUCCUCGCGACUAUGGAAUCUCACAAAACCGACGCGCGAGAUAUUCUCCGUAUUCGCCCGUGUUUCCGGCGUCUCGGCGGCGGGGCAGUAGCUCGUCGUCUUCGUCGUCAGAGCACGAGCGCCGUCCCGGCUCGACCUCACCCCAUUCGCCGUCCUCGCCUCGCUCACGACGACUCCGGGGAACUCUUACUGUGAAUGUCUACGAUUCGAAUUGCGACCUGCCAGCCAACACGCCGAUCUCGACCUAUGUGCGCCGUAAAACGCCAGGCGCUUCACCGACGUCGCCUACUUUUUCCCGCGCCACGUCAAGUUCGCCUGUGGCAGCAUCAACGGGGCCUCUCACGUUGCCGACUCUGCCCUCAUUCUUCCCUCAUUCUGCCAGUGUCGAGUCGUUCCCCAUCACACCCAAUCCCAACGUCGAAUCGUUGACUGGCAGCUCGCCGGCUUCCAUGGCCAAAGUCCUCCCUGAGGUGCACUCGGCUAGCGUGCAUGCGCAUCGAAUUUACCACACCGGAGUCCGUCUCUCCUCACCCCCAAUUGAUCGACGACAGGUGCAAACAGCUUGAUGAAGAAACUCUUGAAUUCCAGGGCAUCCAUCACUUGUACUUGUAGCUGUAUUAUAAGCAUCGCUGGACAAUCUCUAGCACUCACUCACUCACACUCACUGUCGUAUCAUCUUAUAUCCUUGCUCCCGUUUAUACCAUCGCUUUGGCCUGUUGCUCUGACCAUCAAUCGUGUGCGUCCUCGUCCUCCCCUGGGCACGAGCCGGCCAAAUCCUC